ACUUGACAAGCCAGCGCCAUCAUCGACGAGAGAGCGAAGAAGCAAAAGCAAGCAUUCUCCCGGGCGCACUACACACCACACACAUCUCGCAUCUCGCCUACUUCGUUCGUUCGUUCAGCACUGGCAGUGGUGUUGUACCGUACAGUGUGAACCACGGUUCGAGUUUCGAUUGAUUUUUUUCGUAUUUUUUAUUUCUUCAAGAUUUAAUCAUAAGCGUGGCUAGCCAGGGAAUAAAAAGGAAAAUGAGUAGCUCCGAGGAGGUUUCUUGGAUUUCUUGGUUCUGCGGACUUCGUGGCAAUGAAUUCUUCUGUGAGGUGGACGAGGACUACAUUCAGGAUAAGUUCAAUUUGACCGGACUGAAUGAACAGGUACCGAACUACAGACAGGCCCUCGAUAUGAUAUUGGAUCUGGAACCCGAGGAUGAGAUAGACGACAACCCGAACCAGUCCGAUCUGAUCGAGCAGGCGGCCGAGAUGCUGUACGGUUUGAUCCACGCUAGGUAUAUCCUUACCAAUCGCGGCAUAGCUCAAAUGAUAGAGAAAUAUCAAAGCGGCGACUUUGGCCACUGCCCGCGGGUGUAUUGCGAGAGCCAACCGAUGCUUCCAUUAGGUCUAUCCGAUGUGCCCGGCGAGGCGAUGGUGAAAAACUACUGUCCCAAGUGCAUCGACGUCUACACACCAAAGUCCUCGAGACACCAUCACACGGACGGUGCCUACUUCGGCACCGGAUUCCCGCACAUGCUGUUCAUGGUACAUCCAGAGUAUCGCCCGAAACGUCCCGCCAACCAGUUCGUGCCGCGUUUGUACGGCUUCAAAAUCCAUUCGUUAGCGUAUCAAAUUCAACUGCAGGCUGCUGCCAACUUUAAAGCACCGAUGCGAGGGUGAAGUGCUCGGCGAAGGUCAUCGACAACUGAGUUGCCGACAACUGGGUCAACGAGAAAAUUGUUUGAUCAAAAUCAACAGAAGAAGUGACCACAAACAUCCCUACAUCCCCCGAUACAAAAAAAAAAAACCGACACCCAACAAGUACACGCGACAACGCCACGGAGAUCAAGUUGAGCAGAAGAUGGAUGAGAAGGCGACAACCUCGACAUCAAACAAUAAGAGAGAUCCGCAGCAUUAGCCAAGAGGGAAAAGUAAUACCACAUAAGAACAAAAACUACGGAACAAGCAGUUGAAGAAUAUCAAACAAAAACGCGAUAACGUAAAACAUACUAAAAGAAAGUAAUAGGACAAAAAACAAAAUUUCUAGAUAAAUCAGUAAGUCAUUGAACAAAAAAAGAGCAUGUUAGCGAAUAAAAAGUAACCAAUUGUACAUCCCCCAAACCACCAAAUCCAAAAAAAAAAAACAAGAAUGCGCAUUUCGCAUCGUAGAACAUGGCAUACUGUAGCAUUAGGUCCAAAAACCAUCCUUCUUGUCUUUUAGCGGAAAAGGAGAGUACCAUUCAUUGAUCAAUCAGAGUAAACAUGAAAACGAAGAAUGUUGUCAUUUUUUCUAACAAAAAGAAUUGGAAUUUAUUGCUAGGAUGAAGCCGGGACGAAGCGGAAUUUUUUGAAACGUUGUAAGACCAUUCAGUGAAGUUGUGUAUUUGAAAAGAUAAACCAACAAAUACAUAGAAACUAAAAAAAAAAACAAUAUUAGAUCUUAGCGUGAUUUGAAACUUGUUGCAACAAACAGGAACUAAAACAAGCAAACAAACGGAGGAAAUAUACACCAGGGUUGAAGAACAGCAGCAGACGAAAAAAGAACCUCUCUCUUUUCUUCUCUUCCUACUUAGAUAGGCCACUAAAGCGGACGUACGUUAGCGAGAGUCACUUUUUUGAGAAGAACAUCGGGUACUGCGGUAACGAACGGACAUUCUACUGAGAGAGUUGUCCACCUCUCAUUUUUAACCCAUUUGUAUAUUUUUUCUCGCUGACAAGAGGGAGAAACACUAAAAUCGAGUUAGUCCUAAUAGGGGUUGCAUAAGAGAAAUAAAAAUACAUCAACAACAUCAACAAGAAAACAUCAUUUUACACCGGAAGACCCUUUUCCUUUUUAUUGCCCUUCAGAAAAAGAAACAGAGAGAAAAAGCGGAAGCCUUGUUUGUAUAGCUUAGUAGCGAAAGUGAGCAGUAAGAUUAGUUUUUCUCAGUUUCCAGUUGUCGUUUAGUUACAUUCUGCAAAACAAAACGGUGGGAAAUAUUAAAUCUAUCAAAUUGUAUCAUAUUACUUAGCUAACGAAAAAAAAGAAAAACGAAGAAUAAGAAGAACAACAUCAAGAAUGCGGUGAAUCCACUUAGUCACAGGAGGUGACAUUGAA